GGUCUUAAGUCUAACAAGCUCAGUUCGAAGUUGGCUUUGAAAAACGUGAACAAACCCGUGGAGUUCCCCCUGAGUUCUCAGUGGUAAUCGAAUCAUUGAAGCGAAUGCAUAUUGGCACCAUUGACAAAAAAAAAUAAGUUUUUUUUUUUUUUUUUUUUUUUUUCUUUGAAAAUAUCAAAAAAUAGUGCAUGGUGUUUUAAAUUAAAAUAAAAAAAAAAUUGUUCCCAUUUUGUGUUGGGACUAUUUUCAAAAAUGAGAAAAAUUAUAUUUUCUCUUCUACUGAUAAUAUGGACCACACCAUCGAGGUCUGAUCUCCUCGAUACAAUAGCUCAAUGGCCAUUAUUGGAUUUUGCAUUGCCAUAUGACGCGGCUUUUUUACAAUUAUAUCGUCCUGAAAAUGUUGUUCCCACGGGAUUUGAAGUUUCUUGGCAUAGAAUAUUUAUAUCGACACCAAGAUUAAGAGCCGGUGUACCAUCAACAUUGAAUUUUAUACCAAGAGAUAUUCCACUUGGUAGUAGUCCACAAUUACAAGCUUAUCCAUCAUGGGAUUGGCAUGUUGCUGGUAAAGGAAAUAUUAGUUGUUCAACAAUUAUUUCCGUUUAUAGGACAAAAAUUGAUAAAUGCAAUAGACUAUGGGUUCUUGAUGCUGGUGUUAUCACGUCAAUUGAUGAUUUUCGUCCUGUUUGUCCGCCAAAAAUGCUUGUUUUCGAUUUACAAACAGAUACACUUGUUAGAGUGAUUCAUUUUCCACGAGAGUCACUACGACCUCAUAGUUUAUUAACAAAUUUCCUUAUGGAUGAUACAACGGCGAAUUCCUGUGACGAUGUUUUUGUCUAUAUAGCUGAUACUACUGCAGCUGGUAUUCUUGUACUGGAUGGUGCUUCGGAUAGAAGUUGGAGAGUCGGUCAUUCAUCCAUGUUUCCUAAUCCCGAUUCCAUGACUUAUCGGAUUGGUGAAGACAUUUUUGAACUGCCAGACGGAAUAAUUGGAUUGGGAUUUUCGGCAAAUUUAGGGACAGUUUAUUUUAAUCCACUCGCUUCUGAUCGUCUUUUUAGUGUUCCAACAUCGGCACUUCAAGCUGGUCCUCCUCCUUUUGGAGAACAACUUCCAGUUACUUUUAUCGGACGAAAAUCCAGUCAAGGUCCAGCAUUGACCGUUAACUCUAAAGAUGAUUCGAUUAUUUUUUCACCUCUUACAGAAACUGCAAUUGCAGCUUGGCAUCCUUUAUCAAACGAUCAAAGGAUACUUGCCUACAAUCCAGAACAAUUGCAAUUUGUGGCAGAACUUAAAUUUAUCGAUAGGGACAGAGAAAAUCUUUGGAUGCUCUCAACAAAAUUCCAAAAGUUUUUCCUAAGGAAAAUUGACGCUCGACAAACGAACAUUCGAAUUAUGCGAUUACGACCAUCACAAAUGCAUCCAUCACAUAAGGGACAAUAUAAUUUUCCAAAUUCUAUUUACAAUAAUAACACAUUCAGACAAAUGCAAAAAACACUUGAAUUGACUUUGCAAAUUGUUUUCCUGGUCUUUUUGCUAAUUGCCGUGAAUUCACAAUCAACAGUGAAUAAACUAAGGGGCGUGUAUUCUUGGAAGGCAUUGGAAUUUGCUUUUCCAAAUAAUCAGGCGAGGGAAAAUGCCAUUUUAGUCGGUGAUUUUAUACCCGGGAAUCCAGUGCCAAUUGAUGUUGAUGUCGAUUAUGGAGGUAAUUACGGUCCAGUGAUAUUUGUCGCAAUUCCAAGAUUUCAAAAAGGCGUGCCAAUGACACUGGGUUAUGUGACUGAUGCAUUAUCGGAGGAAAAUAAUCCAGUAAUAGCACCAUAUCCAGAUUGGUCGUGGAAUACCUUGGAAAAUUGCGACGGCAUCAUAAGUGUCUACAGAGUACAGAUCGACGAUUGUCGGAGGAUUUGGAUUUUGGACACAGGUGUAUUGGGUGAUCACAGAAAGUGUCCACCGCAAAUUCUUUCAUUUUCCCUUGAGACAAAUAAAUUAUUAAGCCGUUAUAGAUUUCCAAAAGAACAAUAUAAAGAGGAUUCACUAUUUGUCACGCCUGUAAUUGAUGUUCGUCCUGAAAAUGGAAAAUGUCGUGAUACAUUUGUCUAUAUUGCCGAUGUGACAUCAUUUGCAUUAAUUGUUUACGAUCAUCAAAAAUCGAGAUCGUGGAAAAUUUACAAUAAACUUUUUUAUCCAUAUCCCACACAUGGGACAUUUCAUAUUAAAAAUGAAACCUUUGAUUUGAUGGAUGGAAUUUUGGGCCUUGCAUUGGGACCAAUUUGUUCCGAUGGCGAUAGAAUUCUCUAUUUUCAUUCAUUGGCCAGUAAAGUUGAAUCACGGGUUUCUACAUCCGUUAUCAGAAAUUUUAGUUUAUUUCACGAACAUGCGGAGGCAGUUCCAAGGGAAUUUAAACCAUUUAAAAUGGAAAGAAGUUCACAAUCAGCCGCAGAAGCAAUGGAUCGAAAUGGUGUCUUAUUUUAUGGACUGAUGUCCGAUUUGGCAAUUGGAUGUUGGAACAGCAUUGAUUAUCCGGAAUUUGGUGGUCUCAAUAUGGAAACUGUGGCUGUUGACGGUGACACUUUACAAUUUCCAUCUGGUGUCAAGGUGGUAACGAACGAAUCAGGUCGACAGGAACUUUGGGUAUUAACAUCGUCAUUUCAAAGAUACAUGAGCGGUUCAUUGCAUCCAAAUGAGACGAAUUUUCGUAUUCAAGCAGCAUACAUUGAGGAAUUGGUUCGUGGUACUAAAUGCGAUGUCACAUUCCAUCAUAAUCAUCAUCAUCAUCAUCAUCAUCAUAAUUUUCAUCAUUCAACAAAAAUUUCAACACGACCACCACAAAUUUUAACUCAAGAUUUUGAUCCAAUUAAUUUUCCCAGUUGAAGGUCGUGGUACCGCGAGGAGCCAUUUGCAUCAUCAAAAUUCCACCAGAAAAGUAGUACAUCCUUCUGGUUUCAUCAUUUUCCUAGUCAUGAUUUUCAUUUUGAUGAUGAUUUUUCAUUUCCAUAUUAUCAUCAUCAUUAUCAUUAUGAUCCUUCAUACUUCUCGCGGUACAUGGGAGACACCAAAUAUAUUCACAGUUUUAUUAAAUGGCCUGCGUUUUAUAGCUAUUAUAUUGAUCAUGGAUGAGAGAAUACUGAAAAAAAAAACAAUUUAUAUUCAUUCCAAUCAUAUUUGGAAUAACCAAAUAUUUUCACAAUUGGUUCAAUUAAUAUUUUUAUAAUUGCAAGCUGAACAAAAUUUUUAUUGAUUUAUUUAUUCUUUUGUUUUGAUGGUUGAAAAUAUUUUAGUUUGAUUUAACGAAAAUUGUGGCAAUUUUUUUUUAUUGAGAUAUAAUUUAAGCUAAAAUUUUGUUUCGAACCAACUAAAUUUUUUUUUGUUUAUAUAAAAUUGUUUUUUUCAUGACAAAUCAAAAACCAAAAGAAUCAAGUUUUAUUGAGAUAAAAUAAUUUUUUCAAUCAAAAAUUUUGUUAUACGGCAAUUGCUCAAACAAUUUUUUAAGCGUCAAAUCUUUUUUUAGUGAUAAAAAAAGGAGGAGAGAUUUUUUCUUAAAUCCCUCAAAAAAAGGCAAUUUUAUUUUCUUUUCUUUUUUUUUUGACGAAAAAAUCAAAACGAGUUAUUCAAUUUUUAAUCUCGAAUGAUUUUUAAAUUUGCGUGAUAAAAGAAAUAUCGAAAUGAUAAACAAGUACCAUAUAUUAUGUAAUUUAUAGAUGUAGAAUUUUAUUUAUAAUUGGAAAUAAUGUGACGAUUUAUGAGAAUAU